AUGGCGUCAGUGACAUUUUUCAGGAGUCUAUGGGCUUUACGAAAUAUUUUCCUCAUCAUUGCCGCUUUCCUGCUGCCUAUCGGUCUCUUACUGGAUGAUUCACUGGAAUUUAAAUGUGCCUACGUCAUGGUGUCCAUGGCGAUCCUCUGGUUGACAGAAGCGUUACCCAUCACUGUCACAGCCAUGAUGCCGAUGUUCCUCCUGCCGUUACUGUCUGUACAGCCAGGCAAGGUUGUCUGUGGAAAUUACUUCAAUGACACAAGUAUGUUGUUUCUUGGCGGGCUGAUAGUCGGCGUGGCUAUGGAGGAGGUCAAUUUACACAGACGUAUCGCCAUGGGGAUCGCAAAAUGUCUAGGCUCAAGUCCGAAUACAAUGAUGUUGGGCCUGAUGGUACCCACGUGGUUCCUAUCUAUGUGGAUAAGUAACACUGCAGCGACUUCUAUGAUGCUCCCUAUUUUGAUCGCAGUUUCCGAGCAGACAUUAGCACUGGAAGCAAAUAGUGAAGCAAAUUUAUCAGCAGAAAAAGACAGUACAAUGGAUGUGCAAGAUAUUCAAUUGACAGAAGAUGAAGCAGGGAAUUCGAAAUCGGACCCUUCACAAUGGUAUACACGCGACAAAAGCAAAACCCGUCAAGAGAAUAUUCGUUUGAAUAAAGGAUUCACAUUGAGUGUUGCCUACGCUGCAAAUGCCGGCGGGAUGGCCACACUAACCGGCACUCCACCUAACUUGGUACUUCAGGGACAAGCUGACCAACUUUUCCAGGACUAUGGGGCAGCUGAUGCCGGCAUAACCUAUGCUAACUGGAUGGGGUUUGCAUUUCCUUUAUCACUGAUCAUAGUUUUUGUCACGUGGUUCUGGCUACAACUUGUCUUCAUUAGAUGUGGGUGCUGUAAGGCAACAAACAGGGCCAGACAGGCUGUAAUGAAGGCAGUCGUGCGACGGGAGUACAACAAACUAGGACAUAUCAAGUUCGGGGAGAUUAUGGUUCUCAUAGUAUUUACCAUACUGGCACUGCUGUGGAUAUUCCGUAAUCUACCCGUUAUCGGUGGCUGGGGAGAUGGUUUCUUGGAUACUAACGGGUACAGUACAGUAAGGGAUUCCACGGCCUCAAUCCUAAUGGCAACCAUGCUGUUUGUUCUGCCAAAAACACUGCCAAACAUAUUUUGUUGGAAAAGACUAUCUGAGUCUGAGAAGUCAGGUAAACCCGAGUAUAAACCAAUUCUCACAUGGCACACUGCCGAGAAGAAGGUCGCAUGGGGAGUCCUUGUCUUACUCGGAGGAGGAUUUGCUUUGGCCGACGCCUGCACCAAAUCCGGUCUGUCUCGGUUGGUUGGGUGUGAACUGAGAGUACUGAAGGAUUUGGAUGCUUGGAUGUUAAAUAUGGUUUUGUGUUUUAUCGUGGCUGGAGCUACCGAGAUUACCAGCAACACUGCAACAGCUUCCCUUCUUAUGCCAAUCAUGUUUGAACUGUCCAUUUCAGUUGGUCUAAAUCCCCUUUAUUUGAUGAUCUCGGCAUGUAUUGCCUGCUCCUUUGCCUUCAUGCUUCCGGUAGCUACGCCGCCAAACGCAAUUGUAUUUUCGACUGGGACAUUACGGAUACCAGAUAUGGCGUUAACUGGCAUUGUGCUGAACAUUCUAGCAGUUGGAGUAUUGACUCUUGGCAUCAACACAUGGGGUGCAGCCAUUUUCAAGUUGAACGAUAUUCCAGAUAUAUUCCUGAACUCCUCCCAGAUAUCAUCAUGUCCCGGUACAGAACAAGUUAUCAACACUACAAUGAACACGUUUUCCAUGUCUUUGCCUAGCACAACACCAUAG